UUCGAUCGUUGGCGGGCGCGCACCGACGACGCCGCGUGGACCGAAGCUUCCGUGAUCGCGCGGCGCCGUGCAUCCCGCGCAGCGGCAACUCGAUCCGAAACGCGCAGCAACGAAUCAGCGUGCCCGACUCCACCAACAUGCCUCCGCCCAUAUAAUCAGAUGCGCGCGAUUCCUAAUCCUAAGCCGCCGUGUUCUUCCAUCGAUCGAGUCGAGUGCGCACCCCGACCGUCCUAGGCUUUCUCCGCCGCCGAUCGGGGUCCGCAGCAGCGCACAUGGCGCGCAAGGGGUCAGGGACGGCAAUGCCGGCGCCGGCGAUGACGCUCGAGGUGACCGUGGUGUCCGCGGAGGGCGUCCGCGUGGCCUCGGGCCGCCCGCUGUGCCGCGGCGCCUACGUCGUGGUCCACACCGCCUCGUCCUCCGCGCCCACCCGCGCCGACGCCGACGCCGACUGCCACGGCUUCCCGUACUGGGCCGAGGCCGUACGCGUGGCGCUCCCCGCGGGGGCGCCCGCGCUGGACGUGGAGAUCUGCCGCACGCGCGCCGGCAGCGGGGGGCGCCCGGCAGCGGAGCCCGUGGCGGCGGCGCGCGUCCCCGUCGAGGACUUCACCGUCGGCCCGCCGGGGCACCUGCACUGCCUCAGCUACCGCCUGUUCGACUCCGGGCGCUCCGGGGUGCGCCGCCGCAACGGCAUCGUCAACCUCACCGUCAGGAGGAUCGACGGCGCGCCGCCGGCUCAGGGGAAGGCGCCGCCGCCGCUGGCAGGGAAGGCCGUGGAUGCCGCCGGCCCGAGCGGGAGCGGCGUUUCGUGCUGUGCCGCCGCCGCAGGUCUGGGGAAGCCGGCGGCUCCGGCUGGUGCGGUGAUGGGGUAUCCCGUCGGGUGCUAGACGACUGUGCAUGCCAACAUCUAGCGCUGUGUACAGAUCAGGGCUACUAGUGCUAGAGUGCUGGCUUCUGGGUUGCAAUUGGCCUGUCUCGUCUUGCAGUCAGGAAGUUUUUGAGCUUUUAUGGGGUCAUCACUGCUCACUAGGAUCGUUUGAAUUUGGUUUAGGCAUUGGAUGAUUCGAAGAACGUAAUGCCAGCGUCUGUCUCUGUGUACAUAGGUCAAAACUACUCAAUUUGAGUACUAGUUUAAUGUCGGAUUCUUGGUUGCAAUCUUUGUCUGAUCUUGAAGUAGGAGGUUCUUGUUAUGUGAUCUGGACGCUACUCAUCA